AUGUCGACCCCAUUGUUGUUAUCACCAUCGCAGCUGCAGCAGUUGCUUCCUGAUACCAAACAGGUAUCGAUCCUGGACGCCAGCUGGUUCAUGCCAAAUUCCCCGCGGAAUGCCAACGAGGAGUUUCUGAAGAAGCGCGUCCCUGGUGCGCAGUUUUUAGACCUUGAUGAGGUGUCCUCACCCCAUGAACUUGGCCUCAAACAUAUGAUUCCGAGUGAACGUCACUUUGCCGAUACCUGCGGUAUGACCAAACUUACUGACUGCAUUCACAUUUACAAAUCUUCAUCUUCCAUAACAGAGGCAUUCGGCAUUGAGCCCACUUCUCAUGUAAUUUUAUAUGAUACACAUGGAGUAUUUUCAUCACCACGUGCACUCUUCAUGUUCAGAGCGUUUGGCCACGAGAAAUCGAGUAUCCUCGACGGAGGUCUGCCACGUUGGGAGGCAGAGGGUUUUCCAAUUGAGGCUAAGCCGCCGGCUCGUACAAGGAAUUCCGUCUAUCCCACUCCUGUCUUCGAUAAGGCAAUGAUACGGUCCUACGAUCAAAUGGCGUCAAACUCAUUUACGGAUCUUCACUCGGACCCAGCCGUCGAGCUUGUUAUCGACGCUCGUUCCCGGGGUCGUUUCCUAGGCACAGACCCAGAACCGCGGCCAGGCCUAUCAUCGGGUCACAUUCCUCAUUCGUUCUCCUUGCCAUUCACUGCGUUCCUGCAGACUAGUACCAUUCCUAAUUCCUCCGUACAAUACACCACUUUCCUACCCAUUGCAGAAUUACGGAAUGCAUUGGUGAGCCAUGUUGGUGAUCAUGCGGAAGCCGUCAUACAAGGCAAACGUCCAAUUACCACAACUUGUGGAAGUGGUAUGACUGCGGGAGUCCUCUGGUUGGGACUGAAGCUAUUGGGUGCCCCAAAUGUGGCAUUGUAUGAUGAGUCUUGGACCGGAUAUGCGAGUCGGGCAUCUAGCAAAAUUGAGAAGGCGGCAAACUAG